UCGUACACCCUUUGACGUGGAGGUGUUCAUCAUGUCUCCGAGUAUGAAGUGUACACUACUGGUCACUGUGAUUUUCUCAACACUGAGUAUUGAAGCAGUGUUUGUGUUAUCAUACCAAGUCUGCUUCAUCGGAUCCGUGUAUGAUGCACGAACAGGCAACCAGCGACGCUGGUUCCUACCCAAUGAGGAUCCCUGCGAGUGCACAGCCAUACGUCUCGGAGGCAUGACUGUUAGUGACCCGUCCUGCCAACAGGUUGCGCCCUACUACUUGAAGGGGUUCAUCCUUAGUGAGGAUCCCGAGGAAAUACGAGAUUUCUUGGAUUGUCCAGUUUCUACUUCGACGGCAGUUUCUUCAUCGACGGCAGUUUCUUCUUCGACGGCAGUUUCUCCUUCGACGGCAGGUUCUUCUUCGACGACAGUUUCUUCUUCGACGGCAUUUUCUACUUCGACGGCAGUUUCUUCUUCGACGGCAGCUCAGGGGUGUUUGGAGCCCUUGGGCCUUCGAGACGGCACCAUCCCCGAUGAGCGUAUCACUGCCUCCACUACACAGGGAUCAUUCGCUGCCUCACACGGGCGCCUUGGAUACGAUGGUUUCUGGCGACCAACCAACCACGACUCGGGUGCCUGGAUAGAGGUAGACCUCGUUCGCGAUACCCAGGUUUAUGGCGUCAUCACACAAGGGUCCAACGAAAGCUACUUUCGUGUGACCCAGUACCGCGUAGCCUACCAGCAACCGAGCGCUCCCUACUCUCAACUGUACGCGAAGAAUGACAAAGGGAGUAUCGAGUUCAUCGGUAACGAAGAAGAUGCUGAAGCAGAAAUCACCAAUUUCUUCGAAGAGAGUGUCUUGGCUACCCGAGUGCGUAUCGAGCCCACGAAAUGGUCCAACAAAAUCGCUCUGCGUUUCGAGUUGCUUGGAUGUCCUCUUUACCUUAAUUAAUUCAGCGGUCGUGCUGUCAAGGGCGGAUCCAGGGUGGGGCCUAACGGGGGCCACGCCCCCCCCCCAAAAAAAAACCGAACCCAAUUUUAUGUUCAAGUGACGUUGCAAUAAAGGCAGGCACUGCGUACACCACCAUCUUUUCCUCAAAAACAAUUGGUCAAAGUGGUCAGAAAUUG